GUCACGACACACAAUGGCAGCCAGUGGCACAGCUGUAACGGUUCUGACUCCAAAUGGAAGAAGACAAACGGUUAAAGUAGCGCCUAACACGCCUUUAUUACAGGUGCUGGAAGAUGUCUGCAAAAAGCAUGGAUUUAAUCCCGACGAUCACGGUUUAAAGUUUCAGAGGACUACUGUUGACCUCACGCUGCCAUGGAGGUUUGCUAAUCUUCCCAACAAUGCUAAACUGGAGAUGGUCGCAAGUACAAGGAAACAGGCUGCAGCAGAAAGCCAGGUCCGAAUUGCCCUUCAGAUGGAGGAUGGCUCUCGGCUCCAGGGAUCCUUCUCGUGUGGGCAGACUCUGUGGGAGCUGCUCACACAUUUUCCCCAGAUCAGUGUGUCGGAGCUGUCAGAGUCAGGAUCCAUGCCUGUGUGUGUUUACAUGAGAGAUGAGGUGAGUGGGGAAGAAGCACUUAAGAAAGCCACUCUGAAGUCUCUAGGUCUUACAGGAGGAAGUGCCAUCGUCAGGUUUUUACUCAAAAAGAACAAACCACCGGAAGAAGAAUAUGGCAUGGAUGCAACUCAAAAAACAGCUUUGCCAACAUCAUUAGUUGCCAAGGAAACUACGCUGUGCCCCUCACCUCACCUGCAUGCUGCUCCAUCACAUCCAGAGACGUCCACAACAGAGCUGCCAACUAAUGAUUCAGUACCUGAUAGACCAAUGGAAACGCAGCCUGCACCAUCUCCAACCUCUGUCACAAAAACACUCCCUGUUCAACAGGAAGAGGUAAAAAACUCCCAUGAUGCUGUGCGGCCAAAGGUUCCUCCUGAAGACAGAGGAGUUCCAGAGGAGGACGGUGAGAAAGCAGGGCCAUCAGGACUCAACUGUCACUCAUCUUCCUCCUCUUCUUUUAUCCCACCCUCGGCUCCCUUCAUCCCCUUCUCUGGAGGGGGUCAGCGCCUUGGGGGUCCAGGGGAAAGUGUGGGUGGGCGUUCACUUUCUAUAUCCACAUCAUCUUCAUCUCUGUCAGCACUGAAUGCUGUAGUAGAGUCGCCCAAAGCCAAAAAAGCCAAAUCCAGCCAUGGGUCAAGUGCAAAGGCUGUAAUCACUGCCAAACAGCAAGACGAGGAGAUGGAACAAGAAGAGCAAUACUUGGAGCCUAUAGAGAGGGAGCCCCUCGUCUACCACCUUGACACAUUGUCCCAUCCCUCAGAGAACCACCAGGAUCUCCCUGACGAGUUCUUCGAGGUGACCGUAGAUGACGUUCGCAAGCGCUUCGCCCAGCUGAAGAGUGAGAGGAAAUUUCUGGAGGAGGCACCACUGAUGACUAAAUCUCUGAGAGAAGCACAGAUGAAGGAGAAGAUGGAAAGAUAUCCCAAAGUGGUCCUUAGGGUCCAGUUUCCAGACAGAUAUGUCCUACAAGGCUUCUUCAGGCCCCUGGAGACAGUUGGUGCUGUGAGGCAUUUUGUGAGGAGUCACUUGGAGAAUCCGCAGAUCAGUUUCUACCUGUUCAUCACCCCUCCUAAGACGAUCUUAAACGACCCCUCAGCUACACUGUUUCAGGCUGACUUGUUUCCCGGAGCUCUGGUGUACUUCGGCUCAGAUGUUAAGACAGAUUUUUACAUAAAGAGGGAGCUGCUUGAAUCAUCUGUCUCAGCAAUGCAGGCAAAUGAGUCCAUUGCAAGCUGCAUGCCCCGGUCACCUUCAACCCUCACCAGCUCUGCGGCCUCGGAAGACCUGCUGCUUCCUUCAGAGGAAAGACCUGACACCAGAGGGUCCACACAGAAUGAGUCAGAUCCGUCAGCACACACCCAGGCUCCUAAACCCACCAGAUCUGACCCAGGGAAAGUGCCAAAGUGGCUCAAGCUCCCAGGUAAGAAAUAGAUCUACUGCUGUGAGCCGGUUGGAGGACUUAGCAUGAAAGACAUUUGCCGAGCUGUUUGGAGACUGAGUGAAGCACUUAAACCUUUGCUGCGCUUUGAUAAAGGCUCAACUUUGUAACUGAAGUGGACUAAAUCCAAUCUGGAAGAAGACUGCUCUUCUCUGGGGUUUAAAACGGUCAAAAUAAUGGGAUAAAUGAGCAAGUGGUGAUUAUUUUAUUGCCAAAAAGAUUGUUGUGUCAUUCCUGGAGAGGCUGUUUGAUUUAGCAGCUAAAACUGUAGUGCUAAAUAAAUAAAGACUGUUGUACUAAAA